AUGUCUCCAGCUUCUCAAGAUAUCAGCAACCAUCUUCUUGGCCUUGUAGGGCAACUAGUCCAGACUGCUACAGAACAGAACUCAGGGACUCCUUUACCACUGAAGUUACCCUCAACACCCACUGGGACAAAUCCAUCUUCAUCUUCUGGCCGACCCAACCAGUCUCCAGUACCAAAAUCUUCUCCAGCCCCGAGCCUGGCACAAAGUGGUAUCACAGAAGGCAACAGUGAGCUGUCCUGUUCUCUGCCCUCUGCUGGGGACAGCUUCUCCUUCUUGGGCCAGGAACAUGUCUUGCCAUUCUCUGCCACACCUGCGCUUUUAAACCUAGCCAUGCUGGGCUCAUUGCCACUCUCCUUCAGCUUGAACCAGCAACAACAGCUGCUUAACCAAGGCUUAGUUAAUUUACUUUCCUCCUCUUUAUUGGGAAGUGCUGAUCUUGGCCUAUUAGGACUCCAGAAUCCUCCUUUGACGUUACCCUCUGUGGGUGAUCCAGAAACCAGUGCUUUGCAAGCUUUGCUGAUGGCAUCUCUUCUACAUAAUCCUCUUUUACCACUGGGAGCACUUGGACUACCACAGCUUGAUAUUCCACCUCAGAAUCAACAGCAGAAUAGCCUUCUGUCCUCUCUCUCUCGCACCUUUGCUGGAUGCUCUGCCCUCUUCACAUACUGACACAACUGAGAAACCUGAGACACCCCUGACCUUGCCUGAGACUUUUCCUGAAAACUCACUCCAACCACUGCUCUUCCCUCCUGUUUCUGCCUCUCCAGCCCUCAUGGCCCUGAAUUCCGCACUACUGGCUGCCAGUUUAGGGGCUGUUGACUCCUCUGCCUGCCCAGGACAGAGUUGCAUCAAUACCUCCUGCUCUGGAUCAGCCUCUGUUACUACAACCACUAGUUCAUCUGCCUUAUCAGAGGGGAAGAUCCCUCCAUCCGAGCCACACAGCCCUUUCCAGCUCCAUCCAACACAAACAGCGGUAUCUGGAAGAUUUAACACGCUAAUGCCCCCUCUGCUUAACCCUCUGCUCACUGCUGGGUUAUUGGGUGAUCUGGCAGCGCUGAACUCAAAUCCUGGUGCCCAGCUGGGAAGUCUUCAGUCUCUUUUGGGAGCUCAGGCUCUGCUGCAAAACCAGCAGACAUUUUUACCAUCUCUUCCUGGAGGUCUUGGAAUGCAGCUCUUCCAGGGACAGUCACUUCUACAAGGGCAGCGGAGCAAUGCUCAGACUCACUCAACGUCAGAGAAAGAAGUCAACACUUUGUCUCAUCCAGAGUCCUGCAUUACACCCACAUCUCAACCCUCCUCUAUCUCUCAACAGCCGUCUGACUCCAAUUUCCCCUCCCAGAGAGCUGAUGUGACUAACAGGUCUCAGACUUUGUCACUGCUCUCAAUGCGACCUGGUUCCUUUGUCUCCAACACCUCAAGUGCCUUUGAAACUGGACUCCUCCCCAAAGGCUCCCCAUUUCAGGGACCAGUCCGGACUGACCUUCCUCCAGACACACCUUCUGAUCCCCCAAGAACAGAUGCAUUAUCCCAGUCAUUGGAUCCUUCCUCCUCUGAGACAGAACCAGAAGCAUCUCCACUGAAAAGGUGCAGGAUGCUUACUGAUGCUGUCAUUUCUUCUGAGAUCCCUAAUGGAGCUUCCCCAAACCUCCCAUGGAUGGGUUCUCCUCACCCACCCAAUAUGUUAAACCUUCCUGAAAGAGAACUUUCCAAGGGUAAUGAGCGAGGCUAUAGGUUUAAUGGUCGCUCCCGAGGAGAGAGGUCUUAUGGUCGUCGGCCACGUGGUGAUAGGCUCUCCAGUUCACGGCACUCAUAUUGGAGAUACAAUGGAGAAGAAACCACACAGAAUGAUGGAGAAGAAGCAGGUCACAGCCAGGAUCCGACCCAGCCUGUGCUAGGAAUCUCUCCAUUUUCUCACCAUUGGCAGGAAGAGGGAGGACAGCCCGGGGAGCAGGAGGUGGAUGUGCCACCCCAGCUGCUGAAACGCUCCCGCCGAGGCAGAAGACGAGGCCAAAAUUCACAGAGGAUGAAUUCUCGCCUAGAAGAUGUCCCUGCAAAGUGGUCAAGUGUGGAUCCCGCUAAUGGAUUAAAUGCUGAGCGUCCCAUUGUCCGGCAAAACAGGCCUGGUCGUCCUGCUAAGAACAGAAGACGGAGGAUGAUUUAG